AAUUAUACGAUAUUUCUUAAAUAUAAGGGGUUUAUGUCUUAGAAUGGGAUCAGCAACAUUACUUUACCGAAAACUUUUGAUUUAUAUUAGUUUUUUUGAAGAAUCUAUAAAGACGUAUUUGAAAAGUUAUAUUAAAAUGAGAUUUAUUGUUAAUCGGAAUUUGAAGGAUCCAGUACGUAUUAAGAAAGCGUUUCGAGAUGGUAAAAUGGCAUUGAUAUGUUUGAACAAAGCGACCUAUGGAGAUCUUAAGAGUUUAGAUAAGAUAAUGGAAUUGACAUACGGACGACGAGGUAGACGAAAACAUGAAUUUUUGCGUCCUAUUUUGGGAACAUUGAGGAGAGGAGAAGCGACGAUUCCAGGACUUCCUCGUACGAAAUAUCCAGUUAUAUCAGCUGAAUUUCGAGCACUUAUUCAAUCGCAGAAUCCAGAUUGGUUAUUACGUUUAGAAAGUAAUAAAUCUAAUGAAGAUAAAAUGUUAAAUCGAAAGCAUGAAGCAAAUAUUCGAUGGAAGUCUUUUUCAUUUAUUUAUCGAAAGAUUUUUGCACCAUUGCCUUUAAAAGAGAUCGAGAAAUUAGAACAAUUUUCUAGAGGUGAAAAAAUUGGACUUACUUCCUCUUUGUUUCGAAAACAGCGUUUGCCAAUGCCUCGUUUUACUGAUGCACAUUAUAUAACACCUAGAUUUCGAAGAAGAAUUUAUCAAAGACUACUUAUGAAAUGUCCAAAACUUGUUUAUGAUAUUAAUCAUGGAUGGACUGUUGAAUGGUCAAAAGAAGCUUCAUUUAAAAAUACGAGAGCUAAUUUAAUUCAUAAAGAUAUGUUUUCUUAUAAGCAAAUUUAAUUUUAUACAAAAUUCACGAAUUACAAAAUGUUAAUUAAUAAUAUAU